UAGAAAACCUACGAUCGUGAAAUCGUACGUGUGCGUAUUCGUCUCAUUAUCAGUGACAUCUCGAGCUAGUUAACUUCCAAUUGCUUCAUCUCAGCUCUGAGGCUGCUAGAAGAGGGAAACCCAAACUACUGUGGAGUGACCAUGGAUCCAAUUUUAUUGGUGCAAGGAGCGAUAUCAAAGAAGUUGUGAAGUUUCUAAACGCUCAGAUCGACAUUUCAGAAUUUUGCACAACCCAACAUAUAGAUUGGACCCGAAAGAGCCCCUCAUUUUGGAGGAUUGUGGGAGUCGGCGGUAAAGAGUAUGAAGUACCAUCUCAAGCGUGUCAUGUGAGAUGUGAAACUUACCUUCGAGGAGUGCACCACCCAAAUCGAGGCUUGUAUGAAUAGCCGACCACUUGUUGCCGUACCCUGUGAUGGUGAAGGAAUAAAUGUAUUGACUCCAGGUCAUUUUCUCAUUGGCAGAGUUGUUACCAGAUUCGUCGUUUUCCUAUAGACCUGUAUCUCUGUUACGUCGUUGGGACUUGUGUCAGAAUUUGAUUCGACAAACGUUGGCACCAAGAAUGGCACAAACCCACAAGGAAUUUUGGAGUCAAUGACAUUGUUGUACUGCAAGACACUAAUUUGUUUCCGACGGAGUGGCCGUUGGGAAAGGUUGUAAAAGUGUUCCAUGGAGAAGAUCAACUGGUGCGAGUCGUUGAGGUUCAGACUCAAUCUGGAAGAUAUCGCAGGCCAGUGACCAAGAUUGCCUUGAUUUUGCCUAACGAAGACUGAGAACUUAUUAACUUAAUAACUAAAGUAAUUUAGUCCCGUAUAAUAUGCUUAAUUUGAUUGUAAGUCUUGGCGGGCGGUAUGUUUGUAUCUGUCCUUAUUUGAACUCUGUAACUCAUUUUCCUGUUUACUUUGGUCAUUGCAUCAUUGUGGGUUUUCCCUUGUAUGCUUAAAUGAACAGGUAAUUUGCUGAAAGUGAGUAGUUAUUGAAUCCUAUCUAAUCCAAGUUUGGCCUCAUCAAUAUUAUUAUACAAAUGCAUCUUUCAUAGACAUAGUGAUCCUAUAUACUUGCAUGUAUUGUGACCAUUUCGCCAUAUAAUUAUUAUAGCUCGCGCACUCGCCCACAUAUCCUUGUCAUCAUAUACCUCUUACAGAAAAUGUUACUGUGGUGUAACCAAACGAAUAAGGCUCUGAGAGUUCAAGCUAUUAAACUUCGAGCAGCACUUAAUACGUGGAAAGCAACUUUGCUUCAGGACUUCUACCCUGUGACGUUCAUCACAAUUGAUGAGAGAAAGAAAGUAGUUAGUGAGAAUUCAUAGUGAAAGUGGAGAUGAUGAAAGUUGUUUAUCCCCCAGGUGAAUUAUACUAAUAUGUUUGGGCUGCCAGCUAGAUAAUCAUAUAUUUUUGUUUUAUAAACAAUCCAUGGUCGAGCGAUGAGUUAGAAGAAAGAAAAGAAGAUGAAGAGCGUAGGAGAGAAGAUGAAGAGAAGAUGAGCAUAGGAGAGAAGAGGAGGAAGAUGAGCGUAGGAGAGAAGAGGAGGAAUAUAGACGUAGGGAGCAAACGAGAAAAGCAGAUUGUAGGAGAGAAGAGGAGCGAAAGAAAGAAGAAAAACGUGAGAAAGAGAGACAACGCUCUGAAACAAGCGCUGACAGAUUCUCCACUGCAAAGUUUUGCUAGCCCCUCUCAGACGAACGUAGAUCAAAGGCUUAAAAAGCUGGAGGAAGGGAUGUCAACAGUGAUACGACUGGAGAAGGGUGGGAAGGCCACUGAAACCAUUAAGGAGGAAGAUCCCAAUACAAUGGAAUCAACCUUCUCACUAUGUUUGGAAAAGACUAUUUGGCGUAUGGUCGACGACAUAUUUUUACGAAGCAGGACUCUCUGUUCCAUCAAGCCAGUUUUAGAUGCAGAGAGAGUCCAGCUUCUAUAUGAUUGUAUGGACCUCAAACACAAAGGUUACGACAGGGUGAAACUCAUCGCAUCUCAAAAAUGCCGUGAUACAAAGACUAUUGUCAUAGAGUGAAACUGGUUACUUAUAUAUACGAGAUAAAACUGUACUUUAAAAAUGUUAGUUCGGUUUUGUAUUGUUUCUGUGACAUGAUCUUGAAUAGUCUUUACUCAAACAUCACGUUUGAUCUUUUAUGAUCUAGUUCCAAAACAUUGUAUGAUCUUGACUAUGAUCUUGCACAUUCUUGUAGCAAUAUCUUAAAAAGAUUUUUCGGUAGCUCACAUCCCAACUGCGGAGAAGAAGGACCAGUGCUGACAAUUACCAUAAUAAUUAUUUCUUCACACACACUGUUUGGUGUUGUCUGCACAUUGGUGUUUGUCUGCACAUUGGUGUAGUCUGCACACUCUUUUUAUUAUGACCUGAAAUCUUACAAUAGAAGUACAUACCUGUUCAUCGGUAGUCAGAGGUAGUCAGAGGAGGAAUGCCAGUGUCAAAAGGUCACUAAUUAAAACACCACGUGGCCCAAUGUUUUACAUGUAAAACUGCGUUUACCCUCGCGCCCCUGAGUUUAUACACCACCAACCACAACCACCAAUAGCUUGAUCCUCUUUCCUCUUUAUAAUCACAACAGAAAUCCAGAGGAAUCAGCUUGAGAGAGGAGAUCCGAUCCAGGAUUUAAUUGCAACUUUUAUUGUAUUCUUCUAAACCAUUCUUCUAACCAAAAAAUAGCUGGAUAGAUCUAAGCAAAGACCCUAAGCUGCUAUAUGCAGCAAAGGUCAAGAACCCAGAACAAGAACAAGAAUGUUUUAUCCUUCAUUAAACGUGACCCUAUUGACCCUGGCAUUCCUCCUCUGUCCAGUACUGUCCUCUCUACCUGCAGUGGUGGGUGGGUGGAGUUAGAGUGUUGCACAUGCACCUCCUGAAACACAAGACAACAUGAGAAGGUCACAUCUUACAGCCAACACACCAAAAAUUUGGGGGUGGAUUAUUAGAGAUUAGAGAUUAUCAUACACUCAGGAGUAAGGUUAUCUUACAGGCAUACUACUUAACUUAUUUUGAAGUGCCACUCUUUAAUGCGCCCCCAUCAAAGACGCUCCUCGUUCGCUCAAUCAGUACUGAAUAAUUAGACGAAUUAUUCGUUGAUCAGCAACUCUGACUAACCAUGUACUCUCAAACAUUCUGAGAUAAGCAUAGCGCUCUUAAUAAUUAUUUUGCUUGCACGAUAGAUCAUACCAUAGGUUAAUUGUGUAUGAUAUCCUUAUCCUUACAGGUAGCUUGGUAAGGAAGCUUGUGAGUGUACUGUUUUCUUAGAAUGAAGGCUUAGUAGAUACAGGAAAGAAGUUGCAGAAAGAAGUUGCACUGUUUGGAUGGUGACAUUGGAAUCCUGAAGGCACUGCUACAGACUAGUUUACUACGAAGCUGCCAACUCUUGAUAGGUACUAGGUAGGUACGUACGUAUCACUGCAGUAUCACUGCAGUCGUAAUAAUUUAAUACUCAGUGCAUGCAUGCGUUUGAAUUGCGAACACAUACGACAAAAACAUUCCAAUGCUAUGACGUCAGUUAAUGAAUCCACGAAACUCUUAUAUACCUUGCGUUCUUUCGGCUUACUUGAUGUUUUCUCCCACAUGACUUAAAUAAUGACUAACUUACAAUAAAUAAUAA